UUUAGUCGGAGUAUAUUGUCGAGGAACCAAACAUUAGCGGGCCGACACUACCAAGGAACCACCGUCAAACACACUGCUGGAAAGAUAAACGUCCUAGGAGUACAUAUUCUUUUUUUUUUUCAACUUUCAUAAUGUCCGAUGAGGAAGAUGAUUAUAUGUCCGAUGCUUUCCUCAGUCAAAUACAAGAUGUCAAACCAGGUGUCACCAUGGUGAGGCGAGUAAAAGAAGCAAUGAAACGGGAAGAAAAGCACAAAGAGAUUAACAUUAAAAAUCGUCAAAAAACCUUCAAGGAGCAAGAAAAGGAAAGCCGUGAAACAGCUUUACAGAGCUCCAUUAGUAAUAACAAUAAGGGAUUUGCACUUUUGCAGAAAAUGGGUUACAAAGCUGGGCAAGGCCUUGGAAAAGAAGGGGCUGGCAGAGUUGAUCCAAUCCCACUGAAUAUUAAAACUGACAGAGGUGGCAUUGGGAUGGAAGAGGCAAAGAAGAGAAAAUCUGAGGAGGAACUGGAGCAGUAUCGAAAAAAAAUACAUGCCAAACAACAUAAUGAGACCAAAUCCCUGGCAGAUUUUAGGUCAAGAGUAAGGACUGAGAGAGAGGAGCGAAAAAUUGAAGGAGACCUCAGAAGAAGUCAACGAGCCUGUGAGCAGUUGGAUUCUCAGAAGGGCAUCACAGUGCCCAGGGAAGAAUGGUACUGGCCCAAAGUCGGGGCUGAAGAGGAGACAGAUGAUCUUAAUGAAGAAGAAAAGGAGGAAGAAGAUGAGAUUUGGGAAUUAACUUCCUUUGACCAACUGCAAAUGUUGACAUCCUAUUUAAGAGGGAUCCAUUUUUACUGCAUAUGGUGUGGAACGACCUAUAAUGAUCAGGAAGACCUGUCCUCGAACUGUCCUGGGGACACAGCAGCAGACCAUGAAUGAACUUAACCAAUAUAGUAUAUGUGCAGACCUGCAUGUAGUCUUCUACAUUGUGAAAAGGACAAUAACAAUAGGCAGUCAUAGUAUUGAUAUAUGGAGGCAAACUGAUCCUAUUACCUGUAUAUGUUUGGCCUUUUUUGCAUUUUGGACAUUUUUUUUGAAACAAGGUUACAUUUAAAUGGAGAAACAAUA